GACAUCUCCUCCACAUCCACUCUCGACACAACAACAGCAUGGCAGACACGUCCUUCGCCGACGGGGAUCUCUUCAUCGGUCUGGGAUCGCGUCCGGGGUCGGCUGCGAGCAAAAAGGCGCCGCCACCACCACCACCAAAAGGCAAGAAGCGCAAGGGUGAGCAGAUCGGCAACGUCAAGAAGAAGCGCGCAAAACAUCAGCAGCAUCCCAAGCCGCUGCCCGCGACUAAGGGCAACGCCAAGGCCACGCCGUCAAACAAAAAGGCCAAGGGCAAGAAGGACAAGCACUCCAAACGGCCGCACGACUCGUUUCGUGACCUGGACAAGACUACGGUGUUGAAAGGAAGUCCCUGGGCGGAGGACGUCGACUGGGAGCGGUGUCGCGAUCCGGCAGAGAUGCUCAACGACGAAGUUACAGCUUUCUACAACUUCAUCACUCCUACCGAGGCAGAGUAUUCGGUGCGCAAGCACAUAAUCGAGCUCAUCACCGGGCAUGUGAAGAAGUGGAAGCCAGAGAUGGAAGUUGUCGCCUUCGGCUCGUGGCAGACUCAGCUGUACCUCCCCGAGGGCGACCUCGACCUAGUUGUGGUGCCUCCCCCAAACCGCCCGUACAGCAAUAGGGACACCUCCAACUUCCUCACCAAUCUCUCCGUCGUCUUGCGCAACUCCGGUAUUGCGGACAAGAUCGCGCUCGUCCUCGGCGCCAAGGUGCCUAUCAUGAAAUUUGUCACGCGCACCCCGUACGGCCGUAUUCCCGUGGACAUCUCAUUCAACCAGACCAACGGCAUCGACGCAGGCAAGAUCAUCACACAUUACCUUGACGCGUUACCAGGGGCGCGCGAACUCAUUACCGUCGUCAAGUACUUCCUGGCGCAGCGGCAGAUGAACGAAGUCUUCACCGGUGGGCUGGGGAGCUACUCGGUCAUCUGCCUCGUCAUCAGCUUCAUGCAGAUGCACCCCAAGCUCCGCCGGUCCGAGAUGGACGCGCAGCGCAAUCUCGGGACACUACUCCUCGAGUUCUUCGAGCUGUACGGUCGCCAAUUCAACUACGAGUUGGUCGGCAUCUCCAUCCGCCGCGGUGGCGAGUACUUCCUGAAACGUGAGCGCGGGUGGGUGAAAAGGGGUGGCAACCCUGCACCCUUCACGUUGGCGAUCGAAGAUCCGCAGAACCUCGACAACGACAUCUCCAGCGGGUCCUAUGGCAUUCCUCGGGUCAAGUUGACCCUCGCCGGAGCCUAUGACAUGAUCCGUCAACGCAUGUUCGACCGCGCCGCGCUCAUUCUUGCCCGCGACCAGGCAGCACGGCCAAAACCCAGGAGUCCAGAGGACUAUUCGAUCCUGUCUUGCGUGCUAGGCGUUGAGGACAACACCAUCGCCUUCCGCCACCAUCUUGAGGAGCUGCACUCGCGCGGCAAUCUCGCUGCCGACCUCGAGUCAUUUGAGAGGCGGAAUAAGCUCCGUGUGCGACUUGAAAACCCACCCCUGCCACCGGUCAUGCGAGGGCGUUGGGGUGGCCCGGGCUCAUCCUCGGACAUGGAGAUGGACAGUGGGGCGUCGCACUCCGCGCAUGGAGAUACGGAAGACGGCGAGAUCCACGAUGUCCGGGGCGCGGGCGCGAUUGUUGUUGACGACAACGACGUCUCGGAUGGCGCGAGCAGCCACACGGACGACUCGUCGGGGUCUGAGGCCGAGGACGCCGCUGAGGCCGGGUUCAGCGCCGUGAACGGGCGAGAACGCAGCGUGUCCGAGGACGUGGAUCUAUACCCUUCGGACAAGGACGCUGCCGAGACCGACUCGCGGUACGCUGCUGCUGGCGCCAAGCGGCGGAAGGGCAAGGGCAAGGAGCCACUCAGCGCCGUUGAGGUCGUGGACAGCAGCGAGAGCGAGGAUGAGGCCGUGCGUAGCGGAGUCCCAGCCAAGCACCAAACGGCCGCGAGCGCGGGCCCCAGCCGCACGACGUCACCGCCGCUGCGGGUACUGGGCGCGGCGGUGCGGAGUGCGCCCGGGAGUCCCAAUGGGCGGCGGCCCGACAAAUGGGUGCGGCCGGCCGAGAGGGCGCGGUAUUGGGCCGCGAAGAGUGCGGGCGAGCUGAUUGAUCUGACGAACGACUCGGAUUAAGCGGCAAGCCCGGUCGUGCGAUAGACGAGGACGAUGAGGCGUAGAGAGGCGCCGGGGUGUUAAUGAGGAUGGAGAGAGCAUCCUGCGCGCUUCGGCGUUGGGCUAGGCCUGGAGAUGGUGACGUUGAAGUCACAAGGUACUACUGCUCAUUACUGCACGUACUGCACGGAGAGGAUGGCGGUUGGCAUUAUUUGUUAAAGUGCAUGCAGUGUAGUCGGCGCACCCGGCAUUUCAGCCUUACGUCAGGAUAGCCACCAAAACCGCCCCAAUAAUGUCCAUUCCCAG